AUGUGCGCAGAGCUUAUCGGAAAUCCUCACUGUGCUCCUGGAGUGGUUACAGGGAUGUUAGCAUUGUUUCUAGUGCUCGUCGUCUCUCCCAUAGCGACACAAAUUCAAGAUCAACACACCGUCACCCAGGACGAAGGAGGACUCAUCAAUGACCAGCCUAUCAGUGUUGCCGGCAAGCUCGAAAAUGAUCGUAUUUACCGUCAUGGUUGCGCAUCUCACCUCUACCGGAGAAGCAUGCCAGUACACACAUACGCACACAACGCAAACAACACGGUUUGCUCUUGUUCACUCAACAAAACAGACUGCCGAGAAACACAAGAAAGUGUCAUAACGCUGAGCGAAAAUGGACCUCAAGCCUGCUUCCGCCUUAGAAACAGGAACUUCACAGUUGGGAGCAUGGAAGUACGCCUACAACAUGUUUUCUUGACGUGCAAUCCAGUUGUGCUUUUCUACACAAGAGACGUCGACAUAAUCACCGAGUUCGUGAAGCGAUGCCAUCUAGCUGGCACAUCACAAACCUGCUCACACAUCAGCAGUAGAUCGGAGGUCCCGGAACUGCGAAACAAGUAUGAUUUUCCUGGAAUUACGCGAUGCACGACAUCUUGUGGAGGGCUCGGAUGCGGCUGCCUUCUUCCAACUCCAGGAUGCUUAUUUUCUCGCACUUACGCGAAGCCGAGGAAUAACAAGAUUUACCAAGUAUUCCACUGCCCCACAUGGCAAGAAUCGGCUUUGAUGACGUUCACCUAUACUGGAGCUCAAGGAACGCAGGGCUCCGACACGUUCAGGAUCAACACACAGACAACGCAUGUAAUGCAGAAUGCCAAUGUGACGCUGGAAUUCGUAACCGCACCAGCAAUACCUUUUUUGGACACGGAUGGUCAAUGUCGCUCUUAUCGAGAAAGAUAUGCUUUACGGUGUCCAACGAUGAGAACUCUCCCCAAUAUCACGGAAUGCCACGUGGAAGACCGAUGCUCUUGCUCACCAUCGGAGACGGAAGCGAAAUGCGACUGCAGAAGUCUUGACGUCAUCACCAAGAUGGCUUCCAUAGACAGCCGGCUCCCACUAUCGUCCUCAGUACUGCAUCUUCGAGAUGAUCUUGGACUCGUUUUCGGAGCCGUACAUAGUGCCGUCAUCGAUUUCACGAUAAGCACCUCAGCACUUUAUCACGCAGAUUCUAUAAUUGACAGUGAGGCCUGUGACAUAACAUCAUCACCGUUACAAGGCUGCUACAAUUGUCUACGAGGAGCUGAGGUUACUUUCUCAUGCCAUUCCAGUCGCCCAAGCAUGGUCGAGAUAGAAUACCAACAAAAAAUAUUCGCCGCUGCAUGUGGUCCAUCCACCGCCCAAACAAAAGUCGCCAUACACGCAGCAGCACCAAACUACAAGGAUAGGUGUCUGGUAAAGUGUGGUCAGAAGAUGCACAACAUCACCAUAUCCGGCAUCCUAGCGUUUCACACCCACUGUAGAACACCUUUCCAACAACACAUGAUUGAACACGCCAACUACGUCAACAUGUUCAAUUACCCUGAUCUUGGACAUCUGCUGGACGUUGCCUUCCAACACUGGAAGACCUUCGUGAUUACAUGCAUAGCAGUAGCUAUCCUCAUAGUCAACAGUGCUACCAGUUCCAAUACUACUACGAAUCGCUUGCUAAAAAUGAGGAUGCGAAAGGCUGAUGUCUAG